AUGGAUGAACAUUCCAGCAGUGCUCUGCAUUAUGGGCACUUGGGACGAGCAGUCUACCUCCAAGAGGUCCAGUCAUGGUCUUUUUCGCGCACUCUGGCGAGGCCUACCGUGAUCUCGUACACCGGAGAGACCAAGACACGAGUGCCAUCGUCACGGCGGGCUCCCGAGCAGAUACUCUCUCGACCGCGCAGAGUGAACCGGAAUAUCAUCCCCCAGACGCACUCCGAUCUGGCUGUAGCCUGGUCCUCAACUACCACUACUCGCGAGGAGGCCAUCUCUAGAGUGGUUACGACAGCCACGGACAACUACGACCCUCUGGUCUCCUCAACCCUCGAUGUCGGUCAUGCCGUGGAUUAUCGAAGCGAAGAAUCGAGCCACCGCCAGGUUCCAAUCGCCAUAGCCAUCUCCGGAGAAUGUGGGAACUCCGUCUUCCUUUCACGAAUGGUGGAAGAUAUCGAGGUCCUGAAGCGCGAGCGACUGGAGAUGCGCGUCCCAUCCCUCAGCGGGUCAGACACCACUGAGUGGUCAAAAGGCGGCGCGCCUAUUCGUCAAGUCUGCUUUGCACGAUCAAUCGACGAGAAGGCCACCUGGAUGGCCGUGCGCCUCGCAGAGUCGACCGUCAUCUUUCACCCGCUAUAUCACCGCGACCCAGUGCCCAUGCACAUACAUGGCGGCUAUCCAGCAGAAAGCAACAUGCCUCUACGCAAUACCCGACUUGAUGCCAAUCCCGUCUCGGAGGUCUCAAUAUCGGUCACCGGCGGUUUCGCCCAUGCCGAUGUGACCUUUAAUCCUUGGUACCAGAAGCAAUUCGCUCUCGUUGAUACCCAGGGAAAUUGGAGUGUUUGGGAGAUCAAAGGGCGCCAGCGACGAGGAGGGAGGACUUUACCUGUUACCUUUAUUAAGUCAGGGUCGUUACCACCCUUGUCAGACUACAAAGACAGUCCCAAUUGUCCUCGGCAUGAUGGAUGGGCGUCGAUUGAGUGGAUUGGUGAUGUGUGGUCGCUCCUUGUCUCCGAUCGCAGGUGCACCACGAUCUAUCGAAUGGAGGGCGAACAAAUUCGUUCAAGAGCAGUAGAACUAGGGCUGUCAAAGAAGUCCGAGUGGGUGCUGGAUGUGCAAAGAAGCCCCCAAAAUCCUUCCCAGUUCUUUGUACUCACGACUUCUCGGGUGCUGUGGUUUGAUAUUGCCACGACUAUGUUACCAGAAGAAGAGGAUUCACCACCCUCUAUACAGCCUCGCCUUGCCUGGCGCCAUUUUCGAGACUCAGAGGACACGACACUGCGUCUCUGCGACGUGCUGAUGGACCGCGAUUUAUAUCUCAUUCUAUACUCCCGGAUUACUGAGCUGGUCCAAGUGUAUUCCUGUCCAAGUCCAGUGGAAGGAGAAACAGAGCCAGUAUCCGUGCCGGAUCCCGUCUUAUUGCAAAUGCCGUCUCCCGAGGACAAUCAGCACUACUCUACCUUGGUGUUCAGAGAAGUUGCUCAUACUCCGGGCCCGAUGAGCCGAACAGGCUACGAUCCUGAUUUACGGCUCUUCAAGCUUUUCUGGGCGGACCAACAUCUUGCUCUUCAUGAGUCGCUUUUCACGAGCCCUAGAGGGAUUACGGACAAUGACGAUAUGUACUCUGAGCGUGAUGUGCUCCGGAUAAAGAGACGCCAUCCUGGAGCUCAGCGAAAACAACAAAAUAUUGACGAUGAUGAGUUUGUGGUUGAUGACUGGGACGAAUCUGUGGCUCCUUUCGGCAGCCGUCCACAGCUCACCGCUCACCGAAUGCUCUUCGACCCCAGUCUCCAUGAGUCUCGGAAUUUAGUGCCAAUCUAUGAAGUUGCAGCGGGAAAGGCGGCAGCAGGUGUUACCAAUGAGGACCAUGAGGGACCACAAAACAAAACCUUUAGCCAGUUACUUGAGAAUUUCCCGAAUCGGGUUAUACAUGAGGCCGUGAGGGAUGAGGGGCGAGGUGAAACGAUGCUUGAGCUCAACGAUGGAAGUCCCUUGAUUAACGACAUCGAUGAGAAUGCUCGGGAUCUUGAACGUCUCAUCUCAACACUGGUGCCUCAGACGGCUGAUGAUGAGACUCAACGCCAUUUCAUGAUUUUACCGCAGAGGUUUUCGAACCUGUUCGUUGGCCUACCCACCGGCACACGGGAGGAGUUUUCCAAUUUGGAUCUCUUGAAGUCGUAUGAUGAACUGGUCCAUGACUGGCUAUCCAGUCUCUCCCAGAACAUCCCCGUACGAACAAGAAUCAUGAAAGAAAAGAUCGUCCGUGGAAUCGUGACUGAUCUCCUCCUAUCACGCCUCAUCCUGGUGUCCAAUAACCCAAUCCCUCUACCAUCCGGCCGUAAGACUCAGGCCAGCGAAGAAGAAUCGGCGACAUCACAAGUUGAACCUUCUAGCCAGGGCACGACGCCCGGUCUACUGAGUCCAAUGGCAGACCAUGAACCAGCAACCCCACAAAACGAAGCCCCACGCGAGCAGCCAGAAGCCUCAGUUCCUAUCUACAGUAGCCUCUCCUCAUUCACGACUCUCGACACCCCACGUUCGAUGCCUCCGAACGUGGCAACCCUCCUUUCGCACUGGCAGCCUGGAAGCGACCCGGCCGACUACACCUGGACCCGGACCACCCAGAUGCUGGAGGAAGAGAUGUCCCAACGGACAUCGCGGGCCUCCACCCCCAAGAACCGGCUGCGCAAGAAACGGUCGCAAUCACAAUCACAACAGGACAUGGCCCCGGCUGCCUCGUCCCAGCCCACCCCUUCGGCGGUGCGGACGGUGCGCAGCUGGGGCACGCAGGGGGAAAGCGAGGCGCCACAGCUGCUGAGCAGUCAGCCGACACUCGACGAGCCGAUGACACAGAUUGAGCGCGGGCAUUUCGGAGGGCGUGAGGCCAGCACCAAAGCGAAGAAAAAGAAGAAGAGAGCGGCGGGAUUCUAG